CCCACCCAUCUCGCCAUCCUUCUCAUGUUCUUUAGUUACUCAUAACCCAAUUCCAGAAAACCUAAAAUCACAGAUCCAACAAUCAUGAACAACAUGAAGCAGUUGCAUAAACAAUCAACCGCUAAUCAAAGAAGAGAUGAAGAGAUGCCCACUAGUCAAACCCCACCUUACUCACCAAAAUUCCCCAAACAUCAAUCAUCCUCCCGAUAUCUUCCAAGAUCCAUCAAUUACAUCCUCAAAGAACAACGUCUUCUCUUCAUCCUUGUCGGAAUCUUGAUCGGUUCCGCCUUCUUCAUUCUUAAACCAUCCAUUUCUUCCUUCACCAUAACUGAUGCUAGUGAUGAAAAUCAAACCACCUCACUCACCAGAUCAAUUGCAUUCUCUCACCCAGACACCACCUCCCACUACUACCGCCCUAUUAAUCAGGCCACAGGACGGGUUCCGGUGGCUAUUGGCCGGAAGAAGAGGCGGGUGGUGGUGACCGGCGGAUCCGGGUUUGUGGGUAGUCAUUUAGUUGAUAAGUUGAUUGCAAGAGGGGAUGAUGUGAUUGUGAUUGAUAAUUUCUUUACUGGUAGAAAAGAAAAUGUUGCACAUCAUUUUGGGAACCCUAGAUUUGAGUUGAUUAGGCAUGAUGUUGUUGAGCCUAUCUUACUGGAGGUUGAUCAAAUCUAUCAUUUAGCUUGUCCUGCCUCCCCAGUUCAUUACAAGUUCAAUCCUGUCAAGACCAUCAAGACAAAUGUUAUGGGCACCCUAAACAUGUUGGGACUUGCCAAGAGAAUUGGGGCAAGGUUUUUGCUUACAAGCACCAGUGAGGUUUAUGGAGACCCACUUGAGCAUCCUCAGAAGGAGACAUAUUGGGGGCAUGUGAAUCCGAUAGGUGUUCGAAGCUGCUACGAUGAAGGAAAAAGGACAGCUGAAACCUUGACUAUGGAUUAUCAUCGAGGUGAUGGUGUUGAGGUCCGAAUCGCACGUAUAUUUAACACAUAUGGUCCUCGAAUGUGUCUGGAUGAUGGUCGUGUUGUUAGCAACUUUGUUGCUCAGGCGAUUCGCAAACAACCAAUGACAGUUUAUGGUGAUGGAAAACAAACACGAAGUUUCCAAUAUGUCUCGGACUUGGUUGAUGGACUCAUGGCGCUCAUGGAAGGUGAGCAUAUUGGACCUUUCAACUUGGGCAAUCCGGGAGAGUUUACCAUGUUAGAGCUUGCUCAGGUGGUGAAAGAAACUAUUGAUCCAAGUGCUACAAUAGAAUUCAAAGAGAACACCGCUGAUGAUCCCCAGAAGAGGAAACCAGAUAUUAGCAAGGCGAAAAGUAUGCUAAACUGGGAGCCCAAGAUAACACUCCGAGAGGGUCUUCCACGAAUGGCAUCUGAUUUCAGAAACCGCAUCUUGAAUGAAGAUGAAGGCAAAGGCAACAAGUGAGAUUAUCGUAUGUGUAGAUUCAACAGCAUGUAUCUAUAUGUACGUUCAUUCGUGUCACCAACAAAAAGUACACUGUGAUUGGAUAUUUUAGUAGUAAUCCCCAAAUGAAUGCAAUUAUUUGGCAAAUAACUUUUUGUUCCCAACUAAAGUUGAUGAGUGUUGUUUUACAAGAAUGCCUUUUGGAAGAGAAGAUGUUGGCAUCAGAUUCAAAGAUAUGAUUGAUUGGUGAAAGGGUUUGAAGCAUUUGUUCCUUUGGAAUACAAUUCUAUUCUUGCCUU